UGGAUUGUUCACGGCUUAUUUCUCGGACGACGGAAGGAACUUACCAUUACGGGCCCUCCCCACACCAUCAUCACCAGUUUUAUCGGCAAACCAUCAGUACGACGAGUGAGAAACAGUUGUUAGCCAAAGUCCUGUGAGAGAACCAGUUGGUAUUAUCGUAAAACGCACUGCCAGCGGAAACCGUCUAAGCGCCACCAAACCAGAAGUCCACAGGUUCUAACACACCUGCCAGCAGAGACGACCCACAAGUACAAAACGGCCCUAACGUGUUCGUGAUCCGUCGAGACGACCGGAACAUCUUCCCACACACAGCGUGUUUACAGUGCAAUAGCCGAAGCGACUCAAGUAUUUCGCCCAGCAACAUUCGGUAGUUAACUUCGGAGAGAAAAAGAAGAACCGUAUAGCACCAUGUCGGCAUCACCGAUCGCACGCCAGGCUUGCGCCUCGAUUACCCAGGCGAUCCCCUCGAAGCGAGUACUCAUCCAUGACGCCUCGGAACUGCCGGAUCUCUACUCGUCCACGCCCGGUGGCACCCUGUACUCGACCACCCCCGGAGGUACUCGCAUCGUGUACGAGCGUGCCUUCCUGAUGAAUCUGAAGAACUCGCCACUGGCUCGUACCCCGCCGAACAACGUCCCGCUGUCCCUGCUGCGAUCCGGCGGAAGCCCGAACGGGACCAACGCGUCCAAGCCUCUGUCGACGCUGUCGGUGAGCAGCAAGCCGCAGCCACCCGCCGUCCGCAACUCGCCGCCGAAGUUCGACGAACAUCAGGAACAGUUCGACAUGGACCUGUAGAGAGCGAAACGCGAGCGGGCAGCAGGGGGCGGUGGCGGUGAACCUGCAGACAACAUCUCUCUGUGCCACCGUGAGGAGGAAGGAAUUCGGGAAGUCGGUGAUGGCCCGGCUGGCGUCGAGUCGGGAGCGCGCAGAAGGAAGAUAUUAUACUUUGUAAUACUUUCUUUUCCACGUUUUUCUUGUUUAAUUGUUACGUGCGCUAUUACAACGCUCUGGCGGGAGCAGGAUUUUUUUUAAAUAAUUAGCAUCUCUGAUAGUUAUAUUGUGAGCACCAGCAGGAAGUGGGACUAGUGAUCCGAUGACUACCGUUUUUCGACUACACUACCUACCACUACCACCACUACUACCGAUGCUAACAAAUGCACCCAGAGAGAGUAGGUUCGAGUAAUCGUUGGAUGUAGACUUUAUAAGUUUAUCGUUCCUUCGGUAGUAAGAUUAGCGAUUUUUUUUUAUUAUUGAGAGAGAGAAAGAAAGAGAUAGCCAUAAGCAUAACCGAGUUUAUUUUUUUAAAUGUUUGGUCCGCAUCACCAGUGGCAGCAGACACAGCAGCAGAGGAGCAGAAAGGAACAUUUGAUCAAGAACCAAAAACUAUCCACGUGCGUCAAUAUUGAGUAGAGAACCAUCCAUCACCAAGAACCUAGUAUGACCGUAGAAUGAUAAAUUAUGUAAUCGACGCUAGGAUCAAUGAAGCAGGGACAUUUAAGAGCAGCGUAUGAGUGCGCAAGUAGGUUAGCAAGCCUUUUAACACGAUCGAUGUCAACCACCAACGUUUGGACUCGAUUGCGCUCGAGCUCUGCGCUGCCGGCAAUAAUAAGUGUGUAAAUUUUUGACAUUUAAUCUACCAGUCGGAUUCAUUUGAUAGCAACGGCUUAGGCGUAUCGUAUAUGCGAUAAAAUAUCAUUUAAAGGCUAAACACAAACCGAGAAGAAUAGCGCAAGUGCACUCCCAAAGGGAGCCUGCAUGCAUCGGUUCGUAUGGAUAGGUUGAACUAGUUGAUUUGGUAGAAACUACUGGUGAUUUGUGAUAACUUUGGAAGAUUUCGCGUAUUUGACUACAAUCAAAACCACCUCUCCAUCGGAUGGACGGAUGAUGUAGGGGCGAGAAGAGGAAUCUUUCAUACUUUUGUAAUUUGUAAGACAGCAACUCUGUUCUAUUUGAAUAUAAGAUGAAAAUGAAGAAGAUCGAUUAAAAAAUCAAGCAGAAAAUGAGUUUCCCAGAAUUUUUAAACCGACAAAACCGAAUGAUCUAUAAUAACACCACGAGCUUUAGCUAAACGAUGCUGAGAAGCAAUAGGAGCCUCGGGUAUACUAAGGGAAUAGCUAAUAUGGCUGAAGUGUUUCAAUCAGUUUAAUGGUGUUGUUUGGACGUACCUCGAAGAAAAUCAUGACGAUCUGUGUAGGUGUUACCGUUUCUCGUAUAUCCAUUUUUCCUUCUUUGACCAAGCGAUUUGAAUGUAACAAAAGCACCAUAAGCUGUAACGAUAGCACUUUAUCCCGCAGAACAAUGAUUGCCUCAACUCACUGAAUGGGUACAAACAGUAGGGGUUUUUGAAAUAAUUUAAUUUGUUUUUCGGUGUUUUUCUACCACCGGCAGAACGGUGUACGGAACGAUGAUGUACCUGUUGUAUAUCGCGAGUUUGUUGUACGAGUAGUGGCAUUUGAUAUAUUACUCCAUACGUAUAUCAAAAGAAUUCAGUUAAGAUUCCAAGGGCUGCAUAAGGGCUGGAGAAAUAUUUAAAAUAUUUGAAUUGGAUUUAUAGCUGCUGCAUCUACAAAGGCAUGUAAAGUCAAAUAGAUGUUUGUAAUAUCAAGAGUAUUGCCGCUUCAGUUCCAUGCAAAAAUGGCUUUGUAUGAGAAUGUUACACUAUGUAUCGAGACGAAAUAUAAAUAAAUUUAUCCACGAACG